GCAAAAGGCACAGCUCAUCGUCAAAUUUACUGCCUGAUCAUUCAUUUAUCAGUGCAUCUGAGAAGCCGGCUCCUUCUCUAGCUGCCGAGUCCAGCAGCUUGCGCUUCCACUUCAUGCAGCCUUUCUACCUAGCAUGAAGGGCACUUUGUGAUGGGUGCUCACUGCUGGGUAGACCCUGUGUCUUCGUUUCUUGUAACCGUAAGCUGCACGGUCGAAUGCCUGCCCCCUGAAGUUGAUGGCAGUGUAUUAAACAGCAAAGUGUCCAUGAGAUCGGUGUAAAGCCUGCUUCAACUCAACGCAUCUUUCAGCUGCUGAGGCGGCUGUCACGGUCUUUCAACGGACUUUCAUUUACCUGCAGGGAGUCACCGACUUUUAGUGCGAGUUAUCGGGCCAGAGCUGAUCCAAGCUCGACCAGAAACUUUACCCGAUUAGGUCUCGAUUACCAGUGCCAGAUCUGCAUGCUUCAGUACACUGGCUGCCAGCAAAACUCUCCAUCUUGACGACUGAUCUAGUUUGAUUUGACAGCACACUCUUACAUAGCAACUCUCUGCAAAAAGCUUAAGUCGCCCACAUCUGACAACCUUCCCCACAUUCUCGCACUCGCCGCCAGUAGUACGUGACGGGCCAAGUCCAGAGCUAACGCGCAGCACCACCGUCACCAUGGUGUACUCACACGCUGACGCCGCAGGGUGGACUCUGUACUGGAUCACGUAUGGCAUCAUGGCGGUAACCGCGCUCAUCUUCUUUGCGAUGUCACUACGGAGACCCAUCCAGCAGCGCUCGCAUCACUAUACAUCCUUCCUGAUCGUUGCGAUUGCUAGUCUUGCCUACUACGCCAUGGCUUCACAAGGCGGCAACACCAGGAUCCGCGUUUACCAAGGACCGGCUGAUUCAUACCGUCAGAUCUUCUGGGCGCGCUACGUGGACUGGUUCUUCACGACGCCGCUGCUCCUGCUGGACCUCGUUCUGCUGUCCAACCUGUCCAAGCUCCGAAUCGCCGCCAUCAUGGUUGCCGACAUCUUCAUGAUCCUGACCGGGUUGUUUGGCGCCGUGGAGGCGCGCAGCAACAAGUGGGGCUGGUUCGUCUUCGGCUGCAUUUUCAUGCUCUACAUCUUCUACGAGCUGCUGGUCAACGUCCGGAAGGGAGCGUAUGCUCGUGGCGGCCAGCACGGCAUGCUGUACAGCGUCCUUCUGGUGUGGCUGCUCAUCCUGUGGGUUCAAUACCCCGUUGUAUGGGGCCUGGCAGAGGGCUCCAGCACCGUAUCCUCCGACACUGAGAUUGCUUGGUACGCCGCUCUCGACAUCUGCGCCAAGUGCGUCUUCGGCUUCAUCCUUCUCCUGGGCAUCGAGUCUAUCGACCGCAAGAGAGCCGCCACGGGCUCGUCCAACAAACCGCCGAUGCCAGCUGGCACGACCAGGACGGGAGCAUCUGCGGCGCCCGCCGCGGCCGCCCCUGAGGUUGUCCGCGACGUUGUCUAAAUUAAGGCAGUCAGCUUCUGCAGUUGCCAACUUAUUGAACCCCAUCGGCCCUAUGGAAAGUUCACCUAGCUAGUGUACAGGAAGACAGUUUAGAUCGCGGUCACCAAAACAGCGUGCUUUUGGUUGAUGUAAAGUAUAUUGGUAGGUCAUGCGAAUUACCCCUCUGGACAAUUUAGGAAAGUAUACUUUUAAAAGGGGGAUGUAGACGACAAACUUUUUUACAUGUUAGGUGCACGCUAUUCAGAUUGGCGGCCGCCAAGCCCCCGCCGAGUGAAAACAACGGCCUUAUGGAGUUCGAUUGCGAUAUUACUAACACUUUAAAUAAGGC